AUGUCCUCGGUCGUCUCUACCGAACCCACUACCUCUGCGACUUCUGCCAGCGAGUCAAAGCGUGCUCUCAAGCGCCGUUUGAAGGCAGAGCGUGCGGCUGCUCAGGCUACCACCGUCGAAGACGCUUUGAAGGCCGUGAAGGAGAUUGAGCCCAUUCCGGAGGAGCUGCAAUUGGAGGACUUCCAGAUUCCGGAGGAGGACUCGACUGCGAGUCCGUAUGCUGAGGCAGUACAGAAGAGGAUCAGGGUCCUUAGGAAGAAGCAGGAACGCAUUGAGAAGUACGAGCAGCAGAAGGCUGAGGGCAAAGUUGCGUUGAACGCUGACCAGAUCGCACUCAUCAACUCCAAAGAAGCCGUCACCACCGCACUUGCCGAACUCUCCAGUCUUAUCGAGCCUUUCACUACUUUCACUAAAGAAUCUCAAUCCACUAACCGCGACCGUCUUCGUUCGGUCCAACGCGCUGUUGCUAACGCCGUCGUCAAGGCCCGCGAACAGGGUCGCGAGGAGGGAAGGAAGGAUGUGCUGGUAUUGGUUAGGUUCCUGAGGACGGCUAGUUAUGUCCGUGUCAACCCUAGGGGCAGCGAUGCGGAGAAUGACGCGAGUGAGGCGGUGUUGGGUAUGGUCUACGAGGGUAACGAGGAGAGUUGCGAGAUUGUGAGGAAGAUCGCAUCCGAGAGCACCGAGGCUAUCCCCGAAAGCUCCGUUACAUAUGCCCAACUCAAGGCCAUCGUCGACGAAGUCAUGGCUCCCGAACCCGAGCCUGAAUCCGAAGUUGCCGAGCAGCUUACAGAGGCACAAGGUCAGCAGAUGACUCCAGAGGAAGACCACAAAGCUGAGACUGGGAGCGUGUGCUCAGAGUCCUCCUCGAUCGCUCACGAAGCUGUCGUCCCAUCUGGCGGUAUCUCCUUCUUGAACGAGAGUGAGAUUGGAGCCCACCAACCCCAUGAGGAUUCCGUCUCCGUCCCUUCUUACGCCGAAGGCGCUCUCGCUGAGGCGCUCGAUGCUAACGUGACGGAGCCUACCGCUCCCUCGAUGUCCUUUGAGGACGACACGGGUGCGCAACAACACGUCGCCGCUACCGCUACCCUCUCUUCUGCUGACGGAGGCGCUAAUCUCGCUGCAGAGGGAUGGGAAAACCCCACCACCAACAGCACCCCACCUGUCCCCACCGCUGUCGAGGUGACCCCAGCUGCUCCUCAAGAACAGCAGCAGCAGCAGCAACAGAACGGUGGCCAGAAGAACCGAGGCGGACGUCGUAAUGGAGGACAAACCGGUAACAGGGGACCUCGUCAGCAGAAUGGCGAGGGUCAGGGAGAGAGACAGAACCAGAACCCGGGUCAAGGCCGUGGACAGGGUCGUGGACGUGGUGGAAGGGGAGGACAGAGUCAGGGACAAGGACAAGGACCGAGAGGAGGUAGGGGAGGUCAGGGUCAGCAGGGUGGUAACAGGCCUCCUAGGCAGCAGCAGCCGCAACAGCAGCAGCAGUAG